AUGGAAGAAGGAUGGGUUGUUUCAUUGCUCAGCAAGUGCAGCAACCUGAAACCCACGAAACAAAUCCACGCCCACAUCUUCAAAGCCGGUCUUCACACAGACCCCUUUAUCUUUGGCAAACUCCUCCUUCACUGUGCCGUUUCCAUCUCCGACGCUCUCCACUACUCUCUCCGUCUAUUCCACCACUUCCCCAACCCCGACACCUUCAUGCACAACACCCUCAUUCGUGCACUCUCUCUCUCCCCAAACCCUCUCCUUUCCCUCCAUCCCUUCAUCCAACUACGUCGCCAACCCACCCUCUUCCCCGACAGCUUCUCUUUCGCCUUCGUCCUCAAAGGGGUCGCCAACUCCCGGAACCUCAGACCCGGCAUUCAGCUGCAUUCUCAAACUUUUCACCACGGUUUCGAUGCCCAUAUCUUCGUUGGGACAACGUUGAUCAGCAUGUACGCCGAAUGCGGGGACUCCCGUUCCGCGCUAAGGGUGUUCGAUGAAAUGUCUGAACCAAAUGUUGUCGCAUGGAACGCCGCUGUCACUGCGGCUUUCAGGUGUGGUGACGUGGAAAGCGCGGGGGACGUGUUUGGACGAAUGCCUGUUCGAAAUUUGACCUCAUGGAAUGCCAUGCUUGCUGGUUAUGCCAAGGCAGGUGAGCUUGGGUUGGCGAGGAGAAUUUUUUGUGAUAUGCCUCUGAGAGAUGGGGUUUCCUGGAGCACUAUGAUUGUUGGGUUUGCUCAUCAUGGUUGUUUUAACGAGGCUUUUGGGUUUUUCAGGGAGUUGCUGCGCGAGGGAAUUGGGACAAAUGAGGUGAGCCUCACUGGGGUGCUGUCUGCUUGUGCACAGGCUGGGGCGUUUGAGUUUGGGAAGAUUUUACAUGGGUUUGUGGAGAAAGCUGGGUUUCUUUAUGUUGGUUCUGUGAAUAAUGCUCUCAUAGACACCUACUCCAAGUGUGGGAAUGUGGCUAUGGCUAGGUUGGUUUUUCAGAAUAUGCCAGUCGCAAGGAGCAUUGUGUCUUGGACAUCGAUAAUAGCAGGACUUGCUAUGCAUGGUUAUGGAGAAGAGGCAAUACAGCUUUUUCAUGAGAUGGAAGAGUCUGGAGUUAUGCCAGAUGGUAUUACUUUUAUAUCUUUACUAUAUGCUUGUAGCCAUAGUGGCUUGGUUGAGCAAGGGUAUGGUUUUUUUUGCAAGAUGAAGAAUUUGUACAGUAUUGAACCUUCUAUCGAGCAUUAUGGUUGCAUGGUUGAUCUGUAUGGUCGAGCUGCUAGGUUGCAGAAAGCCUAUGAAUUUAUAUGUGAAAUGCCAGUUUCUCCUAAUGCUAUCAUUUGGAGGACACUCCUUGGGGCUUGUAGCAUUCAUGGUAAUAUUGAAUUGGCAGAGCUGGUGAAAGCAAGGCUUGCUGAAAUGGACCCAGACAACUCUGGUGACCAUGUACUACUCUCUAAUGUUUAUGCCAUUGCAGGGAAAUGGAAGGAUGUUGCCAGCAUAAGAAGAACCAUGACUGAAAAUAGCAUGAAAAAAGCACCUGGUUGGAGCAUGAUAGAAAUUGACAAGGUCAUUUAUGGUUUUGUGGCAGGUGAAAAGCCUAACAAGGCCACACAAGAGGCUCAUGAAAAACUGAGGGAAAUAAUGUUGAGACUCAGAGUAGAAGCAGGUUAUGCGCCGCAGCUAAGGAGUGUUCUACAUGAUAUUGAAGAGGAAGAAAAAGAAGAUUCAGUUUCUAAGCACAGUGAGAAGCUUGCUGCAGCUUUUGGAAUAGCAAAACUGCCCUCGGGAAGGAUUUUAAGAAUUGUGAAGAAUCUGAGGGUUUGUGGGGACUGCCAUACCGUGAUGAAGCUGAUGUCUAAAAUUUAUCAAGUAGAAAUCAUUGUGAGAGAUAGAAGCCGCUUCCACUCGUUCAAAGAUGGAUUCUGUUCUUGCAGAGAUUACUGGUGA